AUGGAUUCUAGACAUGAUGAUAAGAGAAUGAAUGUAGAAGAAGAUAGACUAAGUAGCUUGCCAGAUUGUCUUAUUCAUAAAAUCCUCUCUUUUAUUAGCAUCAAACAUGCUAUUCGAACCAGUGUUUUGUCAUCUAGAUGGUGGUUUAUAUGGACUUCAAUGCCUUAUCUUAAUUUCUCAACCGGUGAUUUCUUUGUUGCACAAGUUUUAAAAACGGGCUUCGAAUAUAUGACAUGCCACUUAAAACACGGGAUUGAGCUUACAUAUAUAUGUGUACCAAAACCCUUCUCCAUUCAAUUUUUGUUUUCUUUUUUGAAAGCAGAUCAUACACUCACACAACUCUUCUCUCUUUCUUUCGAAACCCUAGAACAAACACAGACAAACCUAAAUCAAAACCUCAGUUCCCUCACAUCUCAAACACCUGCACACACCAGACAAACCCCUGCUCUCUCUCGAUCUCACACCGGUGACCGGUUGGUUUUCCGGCGUCUCCGUUCUCCGGUGACACCAAACCCACCUCCGACACCCCCCGUUAUAGAAUCCCCGGUAACCACACCCCCACACCACGAUCUCCUCUUCAUCUCUUGUGCCAGAUCCGUAUACACGCAACACUCUCAUCUCUCUCUCGUUUCGUCGGUAAAGUUCCUGCAGCAAUUGCAGCGCCGCCGCCGCAACGGCGGCGGUGGAGGAGGUGAUCUGAGGUUGAUGAUGAUUAUGAUAUUGAUGAUGAGGUCUGCGGCGGAACGACAGAAAGACAGUAGCGAAUAUGAUGAUGAUUUUCGUGGUGGUGGUACUUUUUUUCCGACGAGUUUUGUUUUACGGUUUUGGUUCCGGGUCAACCGAGUCAACAUAGCGAGUGACUGGUCAAACCGGGUCGACUCAAUUCGGGUGUCGCGGCUCAGUUAGUUUUGGCUCUCGGGUUUCGGGCCAGGACUGGUCAACGGCUUCGGUUUGGUCAACAUAAGUCAGUGGCGGUUCGGUUCGUGGUUCGGUUUUACUCGGUCAAACCUGGUCAACACAGUGAGUUAACUCGGUCAACUCAACCGGUCAACUCAGUUGACUCGGUCAACUCAGUCAGCCUACUCGACAUAUCGACACGAAAGAUUUGGUAAAGAUAACGUCACAUUCAUAGUUAUUACAUAAUUAAUAAUGGGUUGCUUACUUACGCGAAAUCGAGCUCCCGAACCAAUCAAACACAUGAAUUAUUGGUUAAAAGUAGUUGGAUUAUUUAUUAGCUUGUUUAUAUAAAUUGAUUAUAUACAUAUACAUUGUUCAA